UAUGCGGAUCUGCCUGCCAGGCUCCAGCCUCCAGACCUCUGGGCCGCACCAGCAGGAGCGGAAGAAAGGGCCCUGCUGCCGCGCCGCGACCGCGAACCCGCGUCCAGACGUCGGCGUGCCGUGUCAGCCCCAACCCCCAAAAUCCCCCCACAACAUCCAAAGGAAACGCAGCACAGGCUGCCCGCGAUUAAUCAACUCCGCCACGACCAACACGUACGUAACCAGCGGCGGUUCGGCACCAUGCGGCGACGACGGUGUCCGCUCCUCGCCGCCGUCCUCUUCCUCUUCCUCCUCCCCCUCUUCCACCGCCACCACGCCGCCAGCGGCACCGACACGGACACGGUCACGCUGGCCGCGCCGCUCAUGGGGAACCGGACGCUGGUGUCCGCCGGCAGCGCCAAGUACGUGCUGGGCUUCUUCGCGCCGGACCCGGAAUCAGGACGGGCGUACCUCGGGAUAUGGUUCAACGGCAUCCCCGCGCGGACCGUCGUGUGGGUGGCCAACCGCGAGAGCCCCGUCCUGGGCGGCGUGGGCGCCGCCGCGCUCAGGGUCCUCGCCAACGGGAGCCUGGCCAUCGUCGUCGUGAACGAGACCGACACCGCCAACUACGACCAGCAGCCCGUGGUCUGGGCGACGCCGCCGCCGGCCACGGCCAGCGGCAGCAACGCCACCGCGCAGCUCCUGGACAACGGCAACCUCGUGCUGCGGGUCCCGGGCGCCGGCGUGGUGUGGCAGAGCUUCGACCACCCCACGGACACGCUCCUGCCGGGCAUGAAGCUGGGCAUCGACUUCCGCACGGGGCUGGACCGGCGCAUGGUCUCGUGGCGCGCCGCGGGGGACCCGUCCCCGGGGGAGUACUCGUUCCGCCUGGACCCGCGCGGCUCGCCGGAGCUCUUCCUCUACCGCGGGUCCGCGCGCGUCUACGGCAGCGGGCCCUGGAACGGCUACCAGUUCACGGGCGUGCCCAACCUCAAGUCCAACAGCCUCCUCACCUUCCGCUUCGUGUCCGCCGCGGACGAGGCCUACUACAGCUACGGCGUGGUAGACAGCGCCGCCGUGCUCACGCGCUUCGUCCUCGACUCGUCGGGGCAGAUCCAGCGCCUCAUGUGGAUCGACAUGACCCGCUCCUGGAGCCUCUUCUGGUCCUACCCGCUCGACGAGUGCGACGGCUACCGCGCCUGCGGGCCCUACGGCGUGUGCAGCGUCGAGCGCAGCCCCAUCUGCGGCUGCGCGCCGGGCUUCGACCCGCGCUUCCCCAAGGAGUGGGCGCUCAGGGACGGCUCCGGCGGGUGCAGGCGCCGCACGGACCUCGCCUGCGCCGGCGACGGCUUCGCCGCGCUCACCAACAUGAAGCUGCCGGAGUCGGCCAACGCCACCGUCGACAUGUCCCUCACCCUCGACCAGUGCCGAGAGGCCUGCCUCAGGAACUGCGCGUGCCGGGCCUACGCCGGCGCCAAUGUCAGCGCGCAGGGGGCCACCGGCUGCUUCCUGUGGACCGGCGACCUCCUCGACAUGAGGCAGUUCGGCAAAGGCGGGCAGAAUCUCUUCGUCCGGCUCGCGGCGUCCGACCUACCUCUCAGCAGCUCUUCGCCAGCAGACACGGACGGGCGAACCAAGAGGCUCGUCGAGAUCAUCGUCCCAUCGGUUGCCGCACCGGCGCUGCUGCUGCUGGCCGGACUCUGCAUCUGCGCCGUGAGGACGAGAAGGCGCAGGACGAAGGAGAAGGAGGCCAUCCCCCUGGCGCUGCUGAGAGACGCGCAGAGGCAGAGCGCGCCGUUCGGACGAAGGAACCAGAUCGCCGCGUCCACCGACGCGCAGGACGAGUCCCUUCACGACGGCCAGCAGGGCGGCAGCCAGGACUGCGACCUGCCGUCGUUCGACGUCGAGACGAUCCAGGCCGCCACGGGCAACUUCUCGGCUCACAGCAAGAUCGGCCAGGGCGGGUUCGGGCCCGUCUACAUGGGGAAGCUGGACAGCGGGCAGGACAUCGCCGUGAAGAGGCUGUCGCGGCGGUCCACGCAGGGGCUCCGGGAGUUCAAGAACGAGGUGAAGCUGAUAGCCAAGCUGCAGCACAGGAACCUCGUCAGGCUCCUCGGCUGCUGCAUCGACGGGUCGGAGAGGAUGCUGGUCUACGAGUACAUGCACAACCGGAGCCUCAACACCUUCCUCUUCAAUGAGGAGAAGCAGCCGAUGCUGAGCUGGGAGAAACGGUUCAGCAUCAUCAACGGCAUCGCGAGGGGCAUACUGUACCUGCACCAGGAUUCGGCGCUGAGGAUCAUCCACAGGGACCUCAAGGCCAGCAACAUUCUGCUCGACAAGGACAUGAACCCCAAGAUCUCCGACUUCGGUGUCGCCAGGAUAUUCGGGACCGACCAGACGGCCGCGUACACCAAGAAAGUAGUCGGAACAUAUGGGUAUAUGUCUCCUGAGUACGCCAUGGACGGAGUCUUCUCCACCAAGUCCGACGUGUUCAGCUUCGGCGUUCUGGUGCUCGAGAUCGUCAGCGGGAAGAAGAACAGAGGGUUCUACCACACCGAGCUUGACCUCAACCUCCUAAGAUAUGCGUGGAGGCUGUGGAAGGACGGCGAGAGCCUGGAGUUCAUGGACCAGUCCAUCGCGGACACGUCCAACGCGGCGGAGGUGCUCAAGUGCAUCCAGAUCGGGCUGCUGUGCGUGCAGGAGCAGCCGAAGCGCCGGCCCACCAUGUCGGCGGUCACCACGAUGCUCACCUGCGAGAACCCCACUCUGCCGGAGCCAUGCGAGCCGGCGUUCAGCACGGGGAGGAACCACGACGACGACGACGAGGACCCGGAGGCGAAGGCCUGCCGGUCUAACAGCGCCAGCAGCUGGACUUGCACCGUCGUCGAGGGUAGAUGAGAUAGAUUACUGACUGUUUCUGCUGCGAUGUGUACUGUAAAUAUCAAAGCAUUUUUAACUUCAACAGCAGUGAGAUUAAUUCAAUUGAAUUUACCUAAACAUUGAACAGCAGUGGGCCUGGUCAAUGUUAGUAGUACGACAUUUUACUUUUACCUGAAGUGAUGAUGGUCCAGAUUUUUUCGGACGGAGUGAAAGAUGGUUCCCUGAUUCA